UGUCGGAGGAGAUGCAGGGAGGAAGGCAGCAACAAGUGGCAGCCCUUGUACGCCCCGGGGAGCUGGCAGCGGCUCCGGCUCAGCCGGCCGUGCCUCCUCUCCCUCCCUCUUUGGCACACAUGUAACACGAAACUUCGCAUCUCCACGACAACCAGCAACAAAAAAAAAAAAAAAAAGAAAGAAAGAAAGGCAGAGACAACAGCUGGCUGUCAGCAACGGAGCAGAGAGGAGCUGAGCGUACAGCGAGCCACAGCCAGGAUGAGGGGACAGAUGACGUGAAAGUUGAAGAAGAAGGGAAGAAAAGCAAGAGGAGAAGGAGAGCUCGCGGUCGGAAACAGAAAUCCCAAAGCAGAGAGCCCUGGGAACAGCAGAAAGUGUAGUCAAGCUGAAAGACAUUUGCUUCCUCACAGGCAGAUUGGAGACUGCACCACCACCAUCAAAGUUGGUCCCUCAUGUAAUUCAGACCAAGAGGCAAGAACAGAAAACACAAACCACUUCACCUCUGCCUCCUCCACCAUCUCUUGGAAUGGAAACAAAAUUGAAAACCUCCUGAAACAGAAUCCUGCAGCACUAAGGAUAAAGCAGCCAUUUCUGGAGCAGCUCACUUGGGCACAGAGCCUGGAGAGGUUGUGACAGAAUGUCUUCUGAAAGCUUUCUGAAGGAAGUUCAAGCCAUUGGUGAGAAGUUUCUCCUUAAGCUCCAGAGACUGCCCAAGGCUGACCCAGUGGAGAUUGUCAGCUUUUCUGUGGUUCUUCUGUUUAUUGUCACUGUGCUGGUGUUCACCAUCAUUGCCUGCAGUUGCUGCUGCUACAGCUGCUGUGGCUGUGAUGGCCGCCCUGACCCCAGGCACAGGAAGAGCCAAGUCCGCCCAGCCGCCCGUUCCUGAGGUGACACAAUCGAGGACAGGCAUGGACAUCGUGAUUCAGUGCUGUGGGAAUGACCUUCCACACUAGCCCACUGAAAAUGGCAAUAACAAUAUUCAUUAACAUGACUCAAAGGACCAGAAAUCACAGUGUGGAAUUCCUUCUGUCUGUGACAGCCACUACUGUGACCAGAAAGGUAAAGCUCCUGUACCAUCAGUGUCUCCCUGAGGUGGGAGGGCAUGGACACAGACUGCUGAGAAAAGAGCCAGCUUUCCCAAACUCAGCCCUGCAGCUGGGCCAGCUGAGGAUCCCCUCUGGGACAAGGAGGCACAGAGCAAAGCAGAGGCUGAGCACACAGCCACACACCAGGCACUGCCUGCUCCCCUCACCAGAAGGAUGGUACUGGGCACUAACAAAACCACUGACAGCACUGGGAGAUCCAAUUGCUCAGGGCAUCGUGGAUCAAGGCCAAACCUGCUGCAGGAGACAUGUUUAGCUGAGAUAUCUGCUGACAUCAGUAAAUGGUGGACCUUCUGAUCCAGAUGUGGUAACAACUGCCCUCAGUGUCAUAUCAUUGGUGAUACAGUGAUGGGAAAUUGCCAAAGAAAAAUCCAGAUCAUGUGGAAUACUCUUUGUAAACAGAAAGAUGAAGGCAAAAGGAAAAAACUCACCAAUCCUAUGGCUUAUUUUGAUCAUUCUCUGCUCAACGUGCUUCCUCUCCACCCUCUGUGGUUCUACUCUUCUGCUUAUUGCAGGUGAAUGGUUUUUACAGAGCAUGGGAGCUCCAGGAGAUGAACAAAUCCCAAUCCUUACUUGAGGGAUCUGUGUGCCUGACUCCCUGCACUAUGUGCAGUUUAUUUUAGUGGACAUGAACAUGAUGCCAGGGGUGUGUUUAUGAGCAUGCACAGAGGCAUUUCAGAGCCAUCACUUCAGGGUAUGUGUGCAGCAGCUGACAAGUGGGC